AUGGCUCAACCACAGAGACCACAAUCGAUACUCUCUUCCUAUUCAAAGCCACCUGAACGCGAUUCAAACGAUCAUCAAGUUGUCCAGUCUGUUGACGACGGAUUUAAUCCCACCAGCGAUUCUAUGAGGAGGCCUGCUCCCAAUGUAGGUCUUAAUUCAACUGAGAACAAGAAGUUAAGUGACGAGGUGGACGGAACACGCGAUGAGAGCUCGUUGUUUGGCAAUGUGGCACAAACCAUGCUUCCUCGCGACAGACAACGGAGGACAGCCACGUAUGACUAUGCCUACGAAAAAUCUCUAAGUCACGCUGAGGCGAAGUUAUUCUACCAGAGACAUCAAUUUGAAUCGAAAUAUGCGGAUGGUGAAUUCCCCCAGAGCCCUGUACUUUCUAUUCGAUCAACGACCGGCCCAAUGAUGUCCAGUGGAGAGGGCGAAUUUCUUAGCAGGCCAGCAAGCAGAGGAUCCCGCGUGAGCAGUCAAAGCUACGGACUACCGGCACUCAGCCGCCCUUUAGUUGCUGAAACUCGCUCUGGGUACAGUCCCGUAAUAGCACCGCAGCGUAAACCAACAUACAGUUUUACGGCAGCUGACCAAUCAGUCCGGAGUCAUGCUUUGGCACCCCAAAUGCUCGUUGAAAACAAACUACAUACCGCUGCUAGUGAGGGGGCACCUGGUGCUGGCCCUGGAGUUGCUCCGGGUCAAGGUAUGGGUGCAUUUACGACCAGUGAAGAUGCGAUUACAACAGAACUAGGCAUUAUUUGUCGGAAGAUCCAACGUCUUCUAGAUAUGAGGCAGAGGUAUAUCCGGCUGUCAUUGCAGAGAACCUCGGAUAAUCCAAGGGACGAACCAGGCUGGUUUAUAUACCCUCCACCUCCCGAACCGUCAUGGGAUGAGGAUAGGGAGCCUCCAGGGACAGGAAGCCUGUCGAAUAGUAUGAUUAUGAGUGGGUCACAGCGCGGAGCACAAACCAAUUAUUCAGGAGACUCUAUGCAUCCUUUUCUUUUUCGCAAGAAGCGGAAGCUGGGGGAGGAUAUCGGGGAAGACUUUGACAUGGAAGAUCUGUUGCCGUUACCAGAGGCGUCGCAAAUGACAUUUGAACUCGAUGAGAACAGCGUCUAUCAAGUAUAUGAGACUGAAGAAGCUUGCAAGCUGAAGCAGCCCAUUGUCCAUGUUCCGUCCCUGCGAGAUUUCUACAUGGACCUGGAUACGAUAACUGAAGUGUCGACUGACGGCCCAACGAAGAGCUUUGCCUUCAAACGGCUGAGUUAUUUGGAAGGAAAAUUCCAGCUUCAUGUCCUCCUAAAUGAGUACCGGGAAAUGGCGGAUAGUAAAAAAGUGCCCCACAGGGAUUUUUACAACGUUAGGAAAGUCGAUACUCACGUCCACCACUCUGCUUGCAUGAAUCAGAAACAUCUGUUGCGUUUCAUCAAGAGCAAAAUCAAGAAAUCUCCUGAUGAGGUUGUUCUGUUUAGAGACGGAAAGCACCUGACAUUGAAGGAGGUUUUCGAAAGUAUUAAUCUGACUGCCUACGAUCUAAGCAUUGAUACUCUUGAUAUGCAUGCACAUAAAGACUCCUUCCAUCGCUUUGACAAGUUCAAUCUAAAAUACAACCCUGUUGGCGAGUCACGACUGCGAGAAAUCUUUCUCAAAACAGACAACUUCAUCAAGGGCCGAUAUCUUGCAGAGAUCACGAAAGAAGUAAUCUCUGAUUUGGAGUCUAGUAAAUACCAGAUGGCUGAGUGGCGCAUUUCUAUCUACGGCAGAUCGCCAGAGGAAUGGGAGAAGUUGGCCGCUUGGGUGGUCGACAACAAGCUCUUUUCUCCUAAUAUCCGUUGGCUUAUUCAAGUGCCCCGACUCUAUGAUGUUUAUAAGUCUAGUGGUAUGAUGGAAAACUUUGAGGAAGUUAUCAAAAAUGUUUUUCAACCUCUAUUCGAGGUGACUAGAGACCCGUCGAGCCAUCCGAAACUGCACAUCUUCUUACAGCGUGUGGUUGGGUUUGAUAGCGUCGAUGAUGAAAGCAAGGCUGAGCGUCGAUUGUACCGCAAGUUCCCCAUUCCGAAACAAUGGAAUACUAAGCAAAACCCACCAUACAGUUAUUGGAUAUAUUUCAUGUUUGCUAAUAUGGCGUCGCUGAAUAACUGGCGAAAACACCGCGGAUUCAAUACUUUUGUGUUUCGUCCCCAUUGUGGUGAAGCAGGUGAUCCAGAUCAUUUGGCCGCUGCAGUGCUCUGCUGCUACGGAAUAAGCCACGGAAUCCUUUUACGCAAAGUUCCGUUGCUUCAAUAUUUAUACUACCUGGAACAAAUAGGCAUUGCCAUGUCGCCAUUGAGCAACAACGCUUUGUUCUUGACAUACGACAAAAAUCCUUGCGCCAGCUUUUUCAGGAGGGGUUUGAAUGUUUCUCUAUCGACCGAUGAUCCAUUACAGUUUGCUUUUACCAAGGAACCGCUGAUUGAGGAAUAUUCGGUUGCUGCUCAGAUUUACAAAUUUAGCGCCGUGGACAUGUGUGAAUUGGCAAAACAUUCAGUUGACCAGUGUGGCUUUGAGCUCUCCCUCAAGCAAAGGUGGCUAGGCCCAACCUGCCAUUUACCUGGAGUGGAGGGGAACAAUAUUGUGAAGAGUAAUGUACCGGAUAUUCGUGAGCAGUUCAGGCACGAGACCUUGCUGGGAGAGUUAUCCCUAAUUGAAAGAUACGCCUCAGUUUCAGCGGCCACUCCGGGAAUGCGACCAACAUCCCAACCACAACACAGACUUUCCCUUUCAUCCUCCUUGCCGCUAGGCCAACUACCUGAUUCCUCCCUCCCACACCCAGCCAUGCCGAUCAAGCAAACAAAUCCCUCAUCCCCGAACUUCCCAAGGAACCUCGCUCGAUUUCCAUCCUCCCACCCCACCGCAGAUCCCUAUUCCCAAUCCCAGCACUUGAAUAAUAUGCAACCGCAAUCGCAGAUGCAGCCACAAACACAACCUCAACCCUCAACAGCAGCAACAUCGUCUAAACAAGGCAUGAAUCUAAGACGUUCGGCAUCCCUAUCUAACACCUUUGCCUUGAACCAAACUCCCACUCAAACCCCCACAUCAAUGACGAAAGCACAAACACAAGGCCUUGUUUCUCCUUCCCGUUUCCAUCCUGCCCCACAUCUCUCAUCUGACAGUUUUCCUGAGCAACGGAUUUUUCCGGGAAUAGUGCACGCUCAUGUGCGCCGUAGUACGGAUUUGUCAGCUGGUGAAGCCGGUGGUGAGACUGCUGAAGGUGAUGGUCCGCAACAGCAACAGCAACAACAACAACAACAGGAAGAGGAGAGGCAAGGUGAUAUAAAUGGAUUUGUGCCUGAGGACGGGAGUGAAGAGGAUGAGUAUGGAGAGCAGCAUGGAGAGGAGCAUGGAGGGCAGCGGUGGACCUGGGGAAAUGAAAGGGGUGGGGAGGAGGACAGAUAUUAUCAUGACGAUGGCGAUGAUGAUGAUGAUGAUGAUGGCUCAUUUCCGGGUUUCAAAUGA